GAAAACCUUAAUUGCGUAUAUAAUGGUUUGUCGUGACGUCAAGCCAGGAGUCACAAGACCGAAGGACCCGUAUCUCGCAGUGUAUCUCGCCGGAACUCGGGGGUUUGUGUAAUCUCGAGUGAAGGAGAAAAAUGUCUGGAACGAUAGAACACCCGGGAGGAACCUGUACAGUUAAAUCCGCCAAAACCUAAAGACCCUCUGUCAUCGGACGGUUCCAGGACUGCAGUAAACAUACACGAGCAUCCCCAAGGACUGUCACGAACGCGGCGGUAUUUAGCUUGGUAGCAAGCCGGCUAGCUUGCUAACUAUUCUGUCGCUUUGUGUUGUAGGCAGCCGAAUGGUGUUUGGUUGAGAGAUCGUAGUUAGUGGAGACCGGACGCGGUGUGAGUGUAGGGGUAGGCACGCAGGUGGGCGCUCGCUUUGGGGGGAUGAUCUCCGUACUUUCCUAUGGUAGACUGGUUGCCAGGGCCGUCCUGGGUGGACUUGCCCAAACAGAUAGCCGGGACUACAGCCUGGUGACCGCAAGCUGCGGAUUCGGAAAAGAUUUUCGUAAGGGGAUCCUGAAAAAGGGGAUGUGUUAUGGUGACGACGCCUGCUUCAUAGCACGACAUAGAUCCGCCGAUGUUUUGGGAGUGGCUGAUGGCGUGGGUGGCUGGAGGGACUACGGUGUGGACCCCUCCCAGUUUUCGGUGACGCUGAUGAAGACGUGCGAGAGGCUGGUGAGGGAGGGGCGGUUCACGCCCUGCAGCCCUGUGGGCAUCCUGACCACCAGUUACUACGAGCUGCUGCAGAACAAAGUGCCCUUGCUGGGAAGCAGCACAGCCUGUAUUGUGGUUCUGGACCGCCGCAGUCACCGGUUGCACACGGCUAACCUGGGCGACUCUGGGUUCCUGGUUGUUCGGGGUGGGGAGGUGGUUCACCGCUCAGAUGAGCAGCAGCACUACUUCAACACGCCCUUCCAGCUGUCCAUCGCACCCCCUGAAGCUGAGGGGGUGGUCCUGAGUGACAGCCCUGAAGCUGCAGACAGCUCCUCCUUUGACGUCCAGCUGGGUGACAUCAUCCUGACUGCCACCGACGGCCUGUUUGACAACAUGCCAGAUUACAUGAUCCUGCAGGAACUGAAGAAGCUCAAGAACACCAACUACGAGAGCAUCCAGCAGACGGCGCGCAGCAUUGCAGAGCAGGCCCACGAGCUCGCGUACGACCCCAACUACAUGUCGCCUUUUGCCCAGUUCGCUUGUGACAAUGGACUUAAUGUACGAGGGGGCAAGCCUGAUGACAUCACCGUCCUGUUGUCAAUAGUAGCGGAGUACACAGACUGAGUGUCCAUGGGGAGGCGUGUUCGUUCAGCUGUCUUCCAUUUGUAUUUCACUCUACCAUACUGUCUCCCGCUGUCUAGACUGGGAACAGACCCCAGUUCUGCAUUAAACAGCACCCUCGAGUCCACGCACCCCAGCCACUCCCUUAGCCACUUGGGCCAGUGGUUCUGCUUUGCCCCCCACGCACAUCUUCCCACCUCCUAUUUUAUUUAAGGUGUUAGUGCAAGUUGGACGGCAGUGUAAUGCCGCUGCGUGUGUUUGGGGUUUGGCGGUGUGUGUUGCCCGAUGGUUACCUGAGAUGUGUAUCGUUUGGAGAGGGUGCUCAGCGUCACCUCUGCUCGAUGUAGCUUGCCAAAAUGGGAUUUUCUAAGUGUUUUGAGUUACGUAAAGGUGUAUGAUGGUGUUCCUGUAGUUGAAGGCAUUGGGGGGGGGGGGGGGGGGGGUUGUGCUCCACCAGGUGUGGGUUUUCGGGGUCCUCCUUAAAUUAAGAUGUUCUGGAGAGGAAUGGCAGGGUGCGUGUGCAUUUUAGGGGUGUAGCCAGCUGCAUGGCUGAGACAGGAAAGGGCAGGGUCAGAAGUUCAUGUGAUGGUAUCAGAAAUGGUGUACCUGCAGUCUGAGCGGAAACCAUGAUUUGUGUGCGUGUGUGUAUGUGUAUGUAUGUAUGGUGGUAGGGAGCGACAUGUCAAUUUAAUGGAUUGUAAUUAUUUGGUACAGAUUGCCAUGACUUGGAGACUGUGCAGGAGUUGUGGAGGGACAUGGAGGUUGAAGGAGGUGUAAAGAGGUUGUGUUAGCAUGUCUGUAUCUGAGGAAGGGAGGAAGAUGGGAUAACAGAGAGGAUGAUAGGAUAGCAUCAUCAAUGUGUACCACCUCACAUGGCCAGGGCCAUUCCAAGACCUAUGCCUUAUGUAGGAAGAGGAGUAUUUCAUUUAGAGUCUUGAAGCUACUGUCUGUGUGUACACGCAUUCAUUCAUGCGGGUAGAUACACAAGAUAAACGCGGAAUUUGGUGGCAGAACAUCAGUCCCUCUCCUCUGCCCCCAAUAUCAGUGCACAGGUCAGAGGUCAAGGCCUUGUGUGACCACACAGACGACAGACGCUGCUUUGCAGCUAAAGCUGUGUGUGACAUGUAUGCUUUAUGGUGGUAAGACAGGAGUGCACUGUUUUGAUAUUGUUUGAUUUUUUUGUCAGAAAAUUGUCCAAAAAUGACCCCAGAGUUAAUGAGCUCACUUGUUGACUUUCUGGCCCAUCUCACAAUUCCUUUCACAAUAAAGUUCAUAAACACAGUUUAUAAAUACAGUCUUUACCGCACAGGCCACUGUGUGAGUCAGGUCACAUGUUCCUUGAAAGGUUGUCUGACAUUUUAGCGUUUCAGUGUUUUCUCACCACAGACUUCACAUCGAGGUUGUAUUCUAGUUCUCUGCAGACGCAUUCCUGCAUUCCUUGUGUUCCAGUAACCUCAUGUGCAGCUUUUAUUUAGCGGUUGAAGUAAAUGACUGUGUGUGCAUGUUCAUUUUCAUUUUUAUUUAUUUCAAUGUGCAAGCCAUUUGGCUGGGGGUUCCCUUUCUGUUUGAUUUGUUCUCUCUCCUUAAAGCAAGGGAUUGAUUCCCCCAUCCUGUUCAUGUUCACAUCUCUUUAAAAAAAAUCUGUAUGGAAAGAACCAGUUGGCCUUGGGUUCCAAUCCGAGGUCUCACAUGGAUCUUGUACGGAAGUGUGUCAGGUGUCAGGUGGCCUUCAGCCAAGUUCCUCUCAGGUCAGAUUGGCCAAUCAGGACUUGGGGAAGCAAAAAAAAAAAAACAGAAAUUGGUGCCAGUGGCCAUAUGAGAAUGUAUCUGGACCCAUGUGGGUCACUUCAGAAGCACAGAGUGAGGGCGUGACCCAUGUGGCAGACACCACUUGGCCUGCCUUACUACUUGUGUGAUUUGUAAUAGGUUACCUGGACACUGAAGACAUGUCUCCUGACCCUUUUUGUUGUUGCUUUGUUGGGUCUAAUUUGAAAUGUGAAGCAAUACUGUAAUAUAAUAAUAAGCUUUGGCCUUUUUGUAACUGACUGUAACUUUAUUUUUCAGUUAAUUUUCUGGACAUACCUUGAAAUUCUACAGUUUUAAAGACAUGCAAAAAAUAAAAAAUAAUAAGACAACCAACCUUUGAAAUAUGUAACGCACAUAGAUGCUCAUGGUCUGAGAAUAGCAGGCAACCUUCGGGUAAACUCAGUGGUUGAGUUGGCAGUCUGUGUUGACUGCACACAGGCAAAAUUUAUGUUAAUUUAAAGUAAUUAUUUCUGUUUCUGGCUUUUAGGAGUCAUGUCUUUCUGCAUAGCAGACUGGCUUUGCUAAAGCCUCUGUAUCUCUGGAGCUGAACUUUUGACCCAGAGCCCAAAAUGCCUGCUUCAUUUGUGUGAGGGUCCUGGGGGAAAAACAUGAGAACCCACACAAUGUUGAUUGGAGGGAUAAUGGGGUAUUUUUAAAUGCCACAAAUGGGGGUGUGUAAGGGUGGCCCCAUUUUCAUUUCUGUCCCUUGCAGGUCAGAAAUGGAAUGAAAACUUCUGUCACUGUGUGUGAUCCUAAGAUGUCAAAAUGGGGAUACUUUAAAACAAAAAAAUUAAAAAAGAAAAAAAAAA